AUGAUCGCAUUACUUCUAUCCCUCACCCUCAUCGUCCUCGUUCUCGAGCCCCUGAUAACAUACCUCCGGGACAAAAAGCGCCUCCGUCGGUUCCCAAACGCUACAUACUUCUCCGGCAUAUCCAACAUCCCCUUCAUGAUCCUUCGCUACCGCGGCUUCCGCUCCAAAGAAGUCCACCGUGCCCACCAACACCACCCGGUCCUCCGACUCGGCCCCAACACCAUCUCCUUCUCCUCGCCCGGCGCGAUCCGGGCCAUCUACGGCCACGCGACCCCCUGCGCCAAGGGCGGCUCCUACGAGAACACCCUCACGCCCCACGCCGGCCUGAUCGAGGUCAUCGACAAGCAGGAUCACGCCGCCAAACGCCGCAUUUUGUCCAACGCCUUCGCCACGCGCAACCUCGAGCAGUGGGAGUUCAAGGUCGCGGACAAGGUGCGGCGGCUGACGCAGCGAUUGGAUCAUGCCUGUGCUGAGAAGGGCCUCGCUGUGGUGGACUUUCGCAAAUGGGCUAAUUUGUUUACCGUCGAGGCCAUCGUGGACAUUGCGCUGAGCCAGCGGCUGGGAUGUCUUGAGAGGGGGGACGAUCUAGUGCGUAUCACGACGUCCGAUGGGGAUGAGAAGACUGUGCCGUUCAUCGAGGGUCUCCAUGCGCCGAGGAGGGCUUUAUCGAUGAUUGUCUGGUCGCCUUGGUGUCGGCGUGUGAAGCCCGUAUUGGAGAGCAUCUCGGCGCUUUUCAGCACUGGUCGCCAGCUCGGCGAGGACUUCAACGAACUGCUAGAGUGUCUGGUCAGGGAGCGAGUACGCAAACAUGAGGCAGGAGAAGAGCUGGAUGAUCUAGCCACCUGCCUCUUCCAAGACAAGGCUGGACAAGCACGCAACCUGCAAUUCGCCGCGAUCCAGGGACAGAUGAGUACACUCCGCUCAGACGCCACGGCGAUAGCCUUGACCCACGUCAUGUACUUCCUCCUCAAGAACCCAGACAUUCUCAAAAGGCUCCGGGAGGAGGUCGACCUCCACGCCGCCAUAGACACCGACGGCGUCGCAACCUACGCCAGCGUCAAGAACCUGCCCUACCUCCGCGCCUGCCUCGACGAGUCCCUGCGCCUCCUCCCUCCGGUCUGCACGGGGCUCCAUCGCGUUACGCCCCCAGAGGGUUACGAGAUCGACGGCCACUGGAUCGCGGGAGGCACCGCCGUCGCGGUCCCCAUCUACACGGCCCACAGGAACCCAGCGUUCUUCCCCGAGCCUGAGAGGUACGUGCCCGAACGGUGGCUGUCUGAGAAGGCCAAGGACGCGCAGGCUUCCUUCAUCCCGUUCAGCGCGGGCGCUCGCGGCUGUAUUGGGAGGAACAUUACCUACAUAGAGCAGAUGAUGCUGCUGGCCAGCUUGGUGCGGCGGUAUGACUUUGGCUUUGACGAUGAGGAGUUUGAGCUGGCUCACGAGGAGGCGUUUAAUCUUUGGCCGGGCCCCAUGCGUUUGCGCAUCCAGAGACGACAUGUGUGA